CUUCGGUAUUGUGAUUAAAAUUUUUUUCGUUCCGUCUCCGUUGUUUAUACGUUUGUUUGCUUUUCACCCUCUGUGGAGCGUUUGGAUCAUAUUGUAAUUCCCUUACAAUCUAAUAUAUAUACAUUUUUAUGUGUCAUUUUACUCUAAAGGGUGAACAACAUUUGUAAUUUAGUGUAUUUAUUUCUAAAUUUACUUACAAAAUUACGGUAUAUUGACUGUUCAGUUAUUCUUCGGCGUCGCAGAAACGUAACGGAAAACCGAAGUUUUUGAACAGGAAAAUGAGCGAAGAAGAACAACUUCCGACCGGAUGGGAGAAGCGAGUGAGCCGAUCCACCGGUCAAACUUAUUAUUUGAACUUAUUAACUAAAGAAAGCCAAUGGUCUGUACCAACUAAACCAGCAUCUGAAAAUACAGCCUCAACAAAUUCUGGCCCCGAACAAGUACAAUGUAGUCAUUUAUUGGUUAAACAUGAAAAAUCACGUCGUCCAUCAUCGUGGCGAGAAGAACGCAUUACUAGAUCAAAAUCUGAAGCAAUUGACAUUAUAAAAUCUUAUCGCGAACAAAUUGUUUCUGGAAAAGCAUCAUUUGCUGAACUUGCCCAGAAAUAUUCAGAUUGUAGUUCGGCCAAACGUGGUGGUGAUUUGGGACCAUUUACCAGAGGCACAAUGCAAAAGCCAUUUGAAGACGCGUCAUUUGCAUUAAAAAUUGGAGAGCUUAGCGAACCUAUCCAUACUGAUUCUGGUGUACACAUAAUUUUACGUACAGCUUAGAUCAAGAACAAUUGUUUUCUUUUAUAAUUCAAACUUUUACCUUUUCUAAUUUAUUGUUUAUUUCUGAGACACAAUAAUAUUAUG